AUGGAGCAAUUUUCAAACUCAAGAAUUACUCUCGUGGUAUGCGAACAGUACGUCAAGACCGUAAAGCAAGCGCUCGAACGGACCGGCCAGCUUGACCGGAGCCACAAGAUCACUCCCGAGUCACGGAAUAAAGAAGGACAGAGUAUUCUCGAUAGCCUCAUUGUAUCGAGGCACGAUGCUGAUCGCCCUGAGUGUGUCCAAUCCGCAACAGGCACACCCGUGAUUACGCCAGAAGCCAUGCAGGCACCACCAAGCUCCGAACAACAGACACAAUUCCCAACGCUCCAGUUCGAUGCAACCAGCGGUCAAUGUGUCUACCCAGAAUGUCUUCAAGACAGAGUUCAUCACGAAGACCAAGUAGCAGCACACCAAGGUUCUAGCCACACAGCUAAAGUUGCUCGUGGUAGCGGAAAAAGAGAUGGUCAAAGGACGGGACAGCAGCGCAUGUAUAUUCCCACAACCAUCCCUUAUCGCCUGCAGGUGGACGGAUCAGCCAUAACCCUGGAUCAAGAACAUGACAACGAUUUGAAACUUAGAGUAUUACAUGAUCUUUCUCUGAGCGCGCUAUCUGGUGAUAUCUCGUUUACACACCACGUCCCGGUAACGACCUCGCCCCUACAACGAGUGCACAAGAAUCCGAUUCACAAAGCGUUGAAGGAAGCUCUUACUGCUGUUCUAGGCAUGUCACUCUCUUCCAAUGCCCUCACAGUCGACGCCCUUGUGUCCGCUUUCCCAGAUGGAUAUUCAGUAUACAAGCCUAUGCUCCUCUUACCACACAAUGCCCUCUCCUCCGCACCUUGGAAGAGGCUCAUUGCUUCACAUAAGGUAGACUCGAUUAAGAUGAGAUCAGUAUGGCAGGUCAUGGCAGAAGCAGUAGGCGCAACUCAUGUCGCCAUCAAUUCUCCCAUACCACUUUCAACUUCAUCCACGUCGGCAUCAUCACCCAACACGGCCGACAAAGAAAACAUACUUCGCAGUCCAGUCAAUCUUACCCCCCUAUACGGAGACUUUGGGAAUACACGAACGCCACAAACAAUCUCUACACCCACCGCAACCGACUUCGCCAAGGCUAUAUGGGUGACUACACGACAGAAUGGUAUCUGGCAAACCUGGGCACCACUUUAUACAAUGUUCAGCCGUGGCAACAUCCGUGAGAAGAAGCGUAUCUUAAAUCUGCCUUCUGUCACCACCGGUCUUGACGGUACAUCGGCGGCUGUUGACCUCUACGCUGGAAUUGGCUACUUCGCCUUCUCGUACAGGAGGAGUGGUGAAGGGUUAGAGAAAGGCAUCAAACAAGUCCUAUGCUGGGAGAUCAAUCCCUGGAGUGUUGAAGGGCUGCGAAGAGGUGCAGAGAUGAAUGGGUGGACAUGCCGAGUACUUAAACAAGAAGACAUGAUACGACUACGACAAAUGGGCCCGGUAGACACCUCGAACCUCCGCAGCGCAGAUUUCAUCGUCUUUCAAAAAAGCAACGAGGGCGCUGAUCUCGACUACUCGUCACUUCCGUCGCCAAGGCUACCGGUUCGGCAUAUCAAUCUUGGUUUACUGCCUUCUUCCAAACUCUCCUGGCGUGUUGCAGUCGCUAUGCUUGAUAGAAAGCGAGGAGGCUGGAUUCACGUGCACGAAAACGUAGGCGCCAAAGAUGUCGAGACGAUGCAAAAGAAAUUAGAGAUGAGAUUUCAGGAGUUGGUAUACGCGACGGAUAGCGUACCUGGGAGAAAGGUAUCCGUGACCCAUGUUGAGAGAGUGAAGAUGUACGCUCCGGGAGUUGUGCAUUGUGUGUUUGAUGUUCGUGUGGAAGGCCACAUCUAA